AUGGACUAUGAUGAUUAUAUGGAUUAUGGUAAUGAUGAUCAUUUUCAUGAUAAUAACAAGAAUGAUGAUAAUGAUGAUAGUAAUGAUGAAUUUUACCAUCUUGUUUUUGCUGGAUGUCGUGCACAAGAAACUGAAUAUGAAGAGGAAGUUUCUGAGGAAGAAGGAUCUCAAAAAGGAUCUGAAGAAGAAUCUGAAGGAAAUAAUGAACAGAAGCUGAAAGGCACUCAAGGUAUUAUCCAGAUUGAAAAUCCUAAUUUGGUAAAGCAAAAGUCCUUGAAAGCCAGAGAUAUCGAUUUGGGGAAAACAACUGAACUUUCAAGGCGUGAAAGAGAGGAGAUAGAGAAACAGAAAGCUCAUGAGUGAUAUAUGAAAUUGCAAGCAGGGAAAACAGAACAAGCUAAGAAAGAUUUAGGUAAUAAAUCAUGUCUUUUAGAAUUUCUAAUGACCUUUUCUUUAGUGGAUAAGUAAAGGGCUUCUUAUAACCUUUUGGGCUGCUUUGGUUC